AUGUCGGAAUCAGGCAGUGAAGCAAGCAAGGCAGCGAAGAAGAGGGAAUAUAACCGCAAUGCGCAGCGCGUGUUUCGUCAAAGGCGCAAAGAACACUUGAGCAAGCUUGAGGCCGCCCAGCGUGAACUCAACAGCAUCCAGGUGGAAGAAGUCGAACGACUGCGUCGCGAGAACCAGUUGCUCGCCCAAGAAAACGAGACUCUUAAGGCGGCGUACGGGUCUCAAGCCAGUUCACCAGGACUGAAUGAAGGUCCUAGUGAAUUGAGGGGCUCGCCUUCUGGCUACAUACACUACGGAGCAGGAGCAGCAGUAACAGGCGGCUAUGUAGGUCCAGCCGGACCGUCUACAGCUUACGUGCCUGCGCCUAUGCCAGCUGCUCUUCCCCCUCCAGCAACCUCUCCUCUAUCUAGUACCAGCCACGACCCCGCAAACCUAGUGGUCGUGGUGCCGAACAACAUCCGCGAGAUUCGACGAUCACUGCAUCAACUGUUCGCACCUUUACUCGAAAUACCAGUCAUUUCGAAUCCACAAAGACAUCUUGCUACUCUCGCCGCAUUAGAGCCAUCAUUACCAGCCUCAUUAAGACCCAGCCAAUUACAACUGUCUACUCCUCAUCACGCCUACAUUGAUAUGAUACCUUCGCCCAGCCUUAGGGCUCGACUGAUUGCGAUCGGACCGGCAAACGCCAACACUUUUCUCACGGAAGCUUGCACGAUUGCCUGUGACAUUGAAGAUACAGGACAAAUGACUAUAUGGGGUGAGGACUGGCUGAAUGAUUUUUCGUGGGAGUUUUCUGCCAGCGUGUUAGAGAGAUGGGGAGGCUGGCUCCUGACCGCCGAAUGGGGUCAGAGAGCCAACUUCUGGCGACGCCAGAGAGGCGCGCCGAUACUCCCAGGGUAUGAGUGA